AUGGCUUUGAAGCUUAACACACCAACUAGCUUCCCAGCUUUUCCGUUCGAGCCGUACGGAAUCCAGCUGGACCUCAUGCAACAUCUGUACUCUGCGAUCGAGGAUAGGAAGGUCACUAUCAUCGAAAGUCCAACCGGAACCGGAAAGACACUGAGUCUUCUCUGCGCCUCCCUCACAUGGCUCAAAGACGAACAAGAGCGCGCGCGAAAGGGCCAACUCGACGCAUUGCUCAAAACUAAAGUGGACUGUAUUCUUAUAGGACCCGAUUGGGUACUUGAACAAACUCUCGAGCGGCGGCGUCGAGAACUCGAGGGUGAGGACCGCGAAAAGGCCGAACGCUUAGCGAAAGCGAGGAAGAAAGAGGCAGAGAUGAGAAAGCGGGCGCGUGCACAUGUUAGAAAGAAACAGAAACUUGUAGAAGAAAUCCAGCGUGAAGAUGAAGGGGAUUUCCUUCCAGACGAUGCUGACGAAGACCGCUCAGAUGACGAAUAUGGCAACCUCUCCCCCGCCGUUCGCACGCUGAUGCAAAAGUUGCAACACGGUUCACGCUCUGGAACAAAUGAGGAGGCCGAGCCUGUUUGCACCAAGAUCUACUACGCAUCGCGGACACAUUCACAACUCGCACAAGUUCUGCACGAGCUUCGAAAGCUGCGAAUGAACCUGGAGCUCACUCGGCCACGUAUAGAAGACGACAAUACUGGAGACGAAGACGUUCAAAGUGGCUCGGCGCGGACAGUGUCCUUGGCUUCACGGAAACAACUCUGUAUCAAUGAAGAUCUACGAAGACGGCAUGGUGAUAUCGACGAGGCGUGUCGACAGUUACUGAACGAGAAGGGGAAGCGCCGAUGUCCACAUCUUCCGCCGCUGGAGGACGAAGUGCGGAUGAUAGACUUACGGGAUCAAAUUCUGGCGACGCCCAAGGACAUCGAGGAUCUAGUGGGGGCGGGUCAAAACGCGGAUGUCUGCCCGUAUUUUGGAUCACGCAAAGCUAUACCCCAAGCGCAGCUUGUUCUACUUCCCUACAAUCUGCUUCUUCAAAAGAACGCCCGAGAAGCCCUUGGAGUCGACCUGACAAACCAAGUCAUCAUCGUAGAUGAAGCACACAACCUCACAUCCACCCUCCUUUCGCUGUCAACCACCCGUUUACCCGUCCGCACCCUGUCUUCCGCACGCCAGCAACUGUCCGUCUACCUCUCACGCUUUCGCACAAGGCUCUCAACCGAUCAUGCGUUGCACCUGACACGCCUGAUGGGCCUGCUUGACGCGCUUCAGCAGUACGCCGAUGAGUGGCGGAAGAUACAGGACGAGGCCUCCCGCAAGGGGCAGACUUCUGGUCACCUGAGCACCGAUCAGAAGGCAGGGCAGAGAUCGAGCCAGCAGGAAGUGCCCAAAGUUGGGGAACCAGGGAAACCGCGUGUACAGGGCGUGGAGGUCAUGACACCCAGCGAGCUUCUCCAGAGGCUCGGACGCAAGUCAGAGGGUGUGAACUUGCUGGAGGUAGAGAGGUAUCUCCGGAGCAGUAGGAUUGCGAGGAAGAUUUCUGGUUAUACGGCGAAGGCGCUGGAGAAGGCUGCGGGAGAGGAUCCCGUCAAGCUAGCCAAAGUUGCGCGACUGGUGACGACGACCCCACCCCUCCACACAGUGGAAAGCUUCAUCACGUCGCUGACCUCUGCCAACGACGAUGGCCGGAUAACAAUAUCAGUCGCAGAUGAUCUAUUCGAGAUCAAGUAUCAGCAGCUCAACCCUGCCACGCACUUUCAAGAUGUCGUCGACUCCGCUCGGGCGGUUGUGCUUGCGGGAGGUACGAUGUCUCCUAUAUCCGACGUCGUACAGCAACUUUUCUCCGAAGUGUCGGUUGAACGGCUCUCUACCUUUUCUUGCGGACAUAUCAUACCGCCUACGAGCCUCCAAACCCUGGUGUUGAAGAGAGGCCCUAGAGGAGGAGACUUGCAGUUCAAAUUUGAACAGAGGGGCCAAAAACCGCUGAUCGCAGAGCUAGGCCAAAUCUUGCUUAAUCUCGUCAACAUCGUGCCGGCGGGGAUGGUUGUAUUCCUCCCUUCAUAUAGUUUCCUGAACGUGGUUAUGGCAGAGUGGAAGAACAGCGGCUUGGUUGCGAAGCUGAACGGCAAGAAGAGGGUAUUUUCUGAGCCCCAGGAUAGCGGGGAGGUGGACACAGUGCUCAGAGAAUAUUCUGCCGCGGUUCGCGCUGUAGAGAGUCAAGCCAGCACCGCUGGCGAAGGAAGUCGGAAAGGUGGCGCAUUGCUAUUCGCAGUCAUUGGGGCCAAACUUUCCGAGGGUCUCAACUUCACGGAUGAUCUCGCUCGUGCUGUGGUCAUCAUCGGACUGCCCUACGCCAAUUUGGCCUCCCCAGAGCUCCAGGAACGCAUGAAAUACGUGAACCGCCUGCAAGAACAACUCGCCAAAGCCAACGCUCCUGCUAGACCAGCGAACGGCCGUAAAGAUGCUGCUAAUGAGUUAUACGAGAACAUGUGCAUGAACGCCGUGAACCAGAGUAUAGGACGGGCUAUUCGGCAUCGGAACGACUGGGCUGCUCUCAUACUGGUCGACUGCCGUUAUGGGUCGCCGCGUAUUCGCGAGAAGCUCCCUCAAUGGAUUGCCAAGAACGCCGUGGUCACGGAAACGUUCGGGCCAGCCAUGAAAACUCUAGGAAAUUUCUAUCGCGGACGCAGGGGCGAUUCAAAGUAUUGUACGAUGGACUUGUUGUAGCUAUGAACACUCUUCAACCGCAACCGAUACUUGAUUGACCAUUCCCAUUCGUAGACCCUCUGUAUAAUAUGCUACAUUUCACUACCGGACACCAAUGCCAAUCUCGGGCUCCAAGCUUAGAUAUCAUGAUCGAAACGCAGCGGAAAGCCGUACUGCACUGCCCACGGUUGGGCCAUAAAAUGAUAAGAAAUACAGUAGGUCGUCGUACAUCUGUCAUAAAUAACCCUGGAACCACAGCGAUCAACCGAGGCCAAGCAAAACUCAAUAUUGCCGACCAGACUCGCGCUCGAUCGAUUUCCAUCCUUGCGACUGACAUGCGUCGCAGUAAUAGCGGAUGAGAUUAAGGAUCCGCUGCUCUUCUUGGUACACCUAGUGCGGUUAAUCAGGACCCCCAAGUCGCGCUAGCAGCAAUGCCCACGAACCUUUGGGCAGUUACAUUGCCG